GGUAGGAAAAACAAAAUCUUAAUUUUUCCCGGUAAGCAACAGCCGAUAGGCGAAAACCCAAGAACCAAAUAUCGAACUCGGGAGAAUGAUUUCCAUUUGCUCUGCUAGAGCAAUUCAAGCUGCACCUUCAAUUCAGUUGUUUUUCCCUCGAAACCGUGGAAGAAUCUCUUAUGAUGUUCUUCGAAUCGCUACCAAUCACUCUGUCAGAUGCUCGGGUUCCGAUGAGUGUGGUGAUGAAACUCUUCCUGAACCGAGAACCAAUUACGCCGGAAUGAGACUGGAAGAGAUCGUGGAGACAAAAUCCGGUAAAGUUCGUCUUGAUUCUUGGAUAUCCUGCCGCAUCGACGGGAUUAGUAGGGCUCGGGUGCAGUCCAGUAUUAGGGCCGGACUGGUUUCAGUCAAUGGCCGAGUUAUCGAUAAGGCUUCUCACAAUGUUAAAGCUGGGGAUAAGAUUAAUUGUACAAUUUCGGAAUUGCAGCCAUUGAGAGCUGAACCUGAAGAUAUUUAUUUGGAUAUAGUUUAUGAGGAUGAACAUGUUUUAGUGGUAAACAAACCGGCGCACAUGGUUGUUCAUCCAGCUCCUGGGAAUGCUACAGGAACACUAGUAAAUGCCAUUCUUAACCACUGCAGUCUCCCAAUGGUUACAACGACAAAUGAGGAACUUCUGUCAGACACGGAUAUUUCUGAUGAUGAGCUCAAUUCCAUUGAGAUUUUAUCUUCUAGAGUUUCUGAGGCACCUAUUCGUCCUGGAAUUGUGCAUAGGAUAGAUAAAGGAACUAGUGGAUUGCUUGUUGUUGCCAAGGAUGAACAUGCCCACGCUCACUUAUCUGCUCAAUUCAAGCAACAUUCUAUUGAGAGAGUCUAUAUCAGUCUCACAUGUGGAGUUCCACCCUCAACUGCUGGACGUAUCGAGGUACCAAUAGGCCGUGAUCCGAAUAAUCGUAUUCGCAUGAGUGCAGUAUCUAGAACAAAUAACAAUUCAAAUGCAAAGUACGCUGCUAGUAGGUACAAAGUUAUUGAAAAUUUAGCUCAAGGAGGUUUUUCAUUGGUUGAGUGGAGAUUAGAAACAGGCCGCACACAUCAGAUCCGUGCACAUGCGAAGUAUAUGGGAAUACCCUUACUUGGAGAUGAGGUCUAUGGAGGUACCAAGAGCAUGGCCAUGUCGCUGCUUCGGACUCGAACAUCAUCUAGUUGUCACAGCCAACUUAUGCAACUUGUUUCCUCAUUAGAGAGGCCUUGCCUUCAUGCUCUAACUCUCGGGUUUAUACAUCCUCACACAGGGAAGAACAUACGAUUUUCAUGCCCACCCCCUACAGAUUUUGCUGAAAUUCUGGGUCAGCUUCGUCAAAUUAGCACAAAAAAGGUUACCAAAUCUUAAUUGGGAUCCUUCAGUAUCUAGCAUACACACUCAGCGUCAAACGACUCGGGCAUGAAAGACCGAGAAGGGAAUGUUCCUAAACUCAAUAUCCCAAUAUCGAAAUCGAGGCAUAGCAGCACGCAACAAUGGCAUUAGAAAUGGAAACGACACACCGUAUCGGUACACUUGAUGGUGCUUCUACAGUCGAGAUGAUCGUGUUGCUUGUGUUGAACAUUCGCCUAAUCGCCAUGUCCAAUGGAACCUCAUGUUUCACUUAGUAUUGAUGGUAAGCCAGCCACCAUUGCUAUUAAUCCAUAGGAAUGUAGUCGAAUAUUCAUCGUCAUUCAAUUGGAAAUAUAUUUGAAAGACAUGAUUGCAGUAAA